GUAUUGACUGAUUAAGAUGAUAAUGUUUUUAUGAUAAGAAAGUUCGGAUUUUACUAGUAUAGAAUCUUUUCUCGUCAGUCACUUAAUAUCUUAUAAGACUUAGAAUCUACAGGUAUAGAGUAUCUGCAGAGUUUAGAAGGAGCGAUUAUUUACAUCGAGUACUAAGACCUCCAGAACUAAAAAGGGCCGGUAGAAUACAUGACUAAACGAGUGACAGUAGUCAUCGCAGGACGAACCUGAGCUACUAGUUAGUGGCGGUGAGAGGACUAUCUGUUCCGUUAUAUUGGAUAUAGUAAUUCCAAUAUCGAAUACUAUUAAUAAAUCACCUCAUUCUUUCUUGUUUCCUCUUGCUUCUAGGUCUCAUCAAGCAUCAGAUACAUAAGCUAGACAAUCCCCAUCAAAGUACCCGAGCAGCAUUUCGUUGAUUCAAACGAUUUUCUGCCCCUCUUCAAGGGCUGCCCAACCUUCAUCUACUCUUGCGCAAUCUGAUUCAUGCUAUCUCAAGAUGAAUUCGUUGGAUACUUGUAGGACUACCUCGGAUCCUGUAUCAACGGAUGCAGAGCAUUGGAAGACGCAAGACCCAUACAUCUUCCAGCCUGCUGAGUGGUUUUUCAAAGACUUUGAAAAUGGCAACCCCACGCGGCCGCGAUCAGUUUCUUUGGACCUAGGUGACCAAAUGGUUGAUAAUAUGCCCAAUCCUGUCUCUAGCCAUGGACGUAUCUUUCGCUUCAACGACAAACUGGGAUUUCUACUCGUUCAGUUUAUGCGACCACAGGUAUGGCGCCUGCAAUUUCAUAGUACGAACGAAUCACCCACAGCUUUUUCCGACUACAACACUAGAAACAUUGUUCAAGACACACUCACGAGGACCAUCGAGAUUCUGGACAAUGCGGAAGGAAUCUCUUGGUGCGUAGAACUAAAGGAGCCAAAUGAGCGUUAUUAUGUUCUUCAAUCAGUCUUAAAAUCGACGUCAAAAAAUAAUACGUUUCGGAAGGUUCUGGUUCAACUCUGGAUUCAUCGUGAUCCGUUCAAGAUCACUGCUAUCCGGGCAAUCAGAGCUGAAGGUGCUUACACGCAGGUUCCAAACUUUCUUACUGCCGUAGCAAGGGAUCCAGAAGUAGCAAGGGAGCUAUUUAUUGAAGCACCUCCAGGUUCACGAAUUGCAAUCAUCUGGCAGACAAAGGACUGUCCUUUGCAGUGGCUAGGAAAUAAUGCGACUAUUUUAGCUGUAGAGAAGCCCCUCAACGCAAAGUACACGGGAUUUGGUGAACAAGGCGGACGCACAAUGUUUAAAGACAAGGUUUUCAUGAAUUAUUUCAGUGAGCGAUAUCUAGCUAGAGUAUUAUCGUGACGAGCUAACCUUGUCUGGGCCAGAUUUUGACAAUAUGCGCUAUAAUAAUGUUUAUGGAGAUGGACCUUAUUCAGAUAGCGAACCGCUCUACCAUUCUGAGCCCUACUGGAUAGAAAUGAAUGCGCAUCCGGGGGCACAGUCGCAACUGGCAACAUUUAUUGACAACUAUUCAGACGUUAAAGUGGAUCUUGGCUUAGUUGAAUCCACCCAGGUCCGUGUUGCCACCAGAUUCAACGGUUUUCGGUGCAUUCUCAUCGCUGGUGACGAUGUUGCACAGAUCAUUCGUUCCUACACCUCACUCAUUGGAAAACCACAGCUAAAGCCGCGUUUCGUGCUUGGUUACCACCAAGGAUGUUACGGGUACGAUACCAAGAAGAAAGUACAAGAAACGGUAGACAAAUAUAGGGCAUAUAAGAUCCCCUUGGAUGGAAUGCACAUUGAUGUUGACAUCCAGCGUGAUUAUCGCACCUUCACUAUCGACACUGCCGACGAUAAAUUUCCCAACCCUGACGAAAUGUUUGACCGACUUAGAAAGCAAGGCGUCAAAUGUAGCACAAACAUCACACCAAUCAUCAGUUGUCGUAAGAUUCCCGGAGAACCAUACACGACAUUUGAAGAAGGUUUGGAAAAGAAAUACUUUGUCCUUGAUCGCCGCGACAUCGACCCGUCGGCUCCCACGGCCGAGCAUCAGGUUUCGCUCAAUUUUGGCAAAGGAAAUCGCUACUUCAAAAACCCAAAUCUAGAGAGUAGUCUUCCACGGUAUGAUCCCCCGGAUGAUUUUAGGCUUAAAGACUAUUUCAAUACUGGUAAACCAUUCCGUGGUGGAGUUGACUAUGGUGACCAUAGGGGCACUCCCGGUCACUAUCCAAAUCUCAAUCGUAAAGACGUGCGGAUGUGGUGGGGAAAGCAAUACGAAUAUCUCUUUAAGAUGGGACUUGAAUUUGUUUGGCAAGAUAUGACUUCGCCUUGUAUGGCAGAAGGGUUUGGGGAUAUGAAAUCGUAAGAAAUCUUUCCAUCUCUCUCACACACCAUUAGUUGGCACUGACACGUGUAAAAAAGAUGGCCAUUCCGAUUACUUCUUGAUUCAGAUGGGUGGAACGGAGACCCACGUGCUGCCGAUAAGAAGAAAGCGAUUGAGAUCUGGUCAUUGUACAGCUACAACCUUCACAAAGCGACUUUUCAGGGCCUGCAAAAUCUAGGUAGCCGUGAAGGCAAGCGAAAUUUCAUCAUUGGCCGCGGUAGUUUCGCCGGUGCCCAGCGUUUUGCUGGACUUUGGACAGGUGACAAUGCCUCCACCUGGGAAUUUUUGGAUAUAUCGGUAGCUCAAGUGCUUGCCCUUGGCCUUGCUGGUAUGACUAUUGCUGGGGCGGAUGUUGGAGGCUUUGAGCCUAACGAAGGUGAAAAAUGGGCUGACCCAGAGUUGUUGAUCCGGUGGUAUUGUGCGUACAGCUUGCUUCCUUGGUUCAGAAAUCACUACUCAGCCAAGGAAGGCAAGAAGCUCUUCCAGGAGCCGUACGCAUAUCGAGAGUUACGGGACAAACCUGAAUGGCAGCAGGUGCCCGAAGAAGACCACAACAUGUAUCAUUCCGUGUUGCCAAUCUGCCGUUACAUGGUACAGUUGAGAUACAGUUUGCUUCAGCUUCUCUAUGAUGCCAUGUUUGAGAACAUGAUCACUGGUCUGCCUAUUGCCCGCUCCAUGAUCAUCACUGACCCCUUUGAUUCAUCGCUGUAUCAAGCCAAUCAAGUGUACACUCGAAGCCAGUAUUUGGUCCGCAACGAUUUGCUCGUUGCACCACACCUCUACAAGCAAUCUAAGCGCCGCUAUCGCAAACUUUACCUGCCCGCACCGGAUGGUUGGUAUCCUAUGAAUCUCCGGCCCGGAACAACCUCGGGUGGCAUAUUUGCUGAACACCUUAAGCCGAAAGUCAGCGGUGGCACGUACGUCUGCUUUGACUGCCACAUUUCUCCGAACGAAGAGCAGCUUCCAUACGUGACUCCAAUGUACAUCCGUGAAGGUGCCAUCAUUCCUCAGAUUGAAGUCCGCGACAGCGUCCCUGACCGCACCCGGCACGACAGGGACGCUCGCCAGAAUCCAAUCACAAUCAACGUAUAUCCUGGAAAGAACAACACGUACGAUAUGUAUCUCGACGACGGUGUGUCAAGGGAGAGUGCGCCUGACAAUAUAUAUCUUUCGUCGCUGCGCACCACGCCGCAAGGAAAUGAAGAGAUGCAGUCAUUCAAUGCAUAUGGUGAUCGUAAAGCCAAGAGUAUCUUUCGCCAUGUCAAAUUUGAACAGACAACUACAAGGCAGUUCGCCGAUGAUCAGCUCCGAGAUACACAAAAACUUACAGUCAGCACGCCAUGGUGCAAAUAUACAGACGAGCAGGUCAAGAAGGACAUCGGGCCGGAGUACCGGAUUGUAUUCUGGCACGAAUCGAGAUGGCCAGCGGCGGAAAUGGACCUAAACACUGUCACGGUGAAGAUCGAGGGUACGCACAAGGCUCGCCAGGAAUUAGCUAGUGCCAUGGGAGCAACUGUGGUGUGGGUGCCGGUGGAUUCGAGCGUGACUGCCACGAUAGAGGUCAGCUACCCUAUUUAAGCAGGCAUUCCGGGUCUGUAGAUGAGACGCUGGAUUGGGGAGCGAUGAUCUUCAAGACUAAUUCAUUGAGGGGUUUUUUUUUAAGCCAGGGAUUGUAUCAGUAUCAGAAGUUUUAUUUUCAAUUGCAAAAAGGGGAGUCCAAAAUGGAAGACGUUUGGGUUAUAUUGAGGGUUAGGAGAUUGGCGUUACAAGCACAGCAACAUUACCGAUAGAAAGACAGGUAAGGUUACCGAGGAGGCCAACCAGCCUUGUGCAAACCCCCCUAAAAAUAGAUUUUUGCCUGCAAUCAGCGUAUAUAAAAGUUU